AUGAGCUAUUCUGACGGAAAAAGGACUCUCGCUGAAACCGUUUAUGCGAGGCUCGCGGUGAACCGCAAGAAGGAUGGGAAGCCGUGGCUUGGACAAUCAAGAAUCGAGCCGAUCCAAGCAAUCCACAAUGGCCAAAUAGCAUUGAAGGUGUUGCUCGUCAAGACAAACAGUUCGAAUGUUGGAACCAGGGAAACCCACAAC